CUCGCGCGCCAGACGAAAAUAAUAAUUAUAAACGGACGAGUUUCCAAGAGCCGAAUGUAUCGGUACCAAAUCGCAACAAAUCAGUCAUGUCAGUCAUCGACCAAAAAGAAUACCUGAAAAGAUAUCUUUCAGGAGGUGAUACUGAGGAGAAAAAGAAGAAGAAGCGAAAGAAAAAACAUGGAGGACAUUCAGGAGUAGCUGUGAAGGCUGCUAGUGUACGUGUAUUAGAUGAUGAUGUGGACUUCCGAACCCUUGUCCGACCUGAUGCUGAUGAUGACAAGUCCAAAUUGCUUGAAGAAGCCGAUGAAGCUCCUUUGGUUGCGGGGUUUGUCGACGAGAGACCCGAAGAAGAAGUCAAGCUCGAGCAGUACAGGAAGAGUGAUAAAUGGAAAGUCAUAAAACAAGAUGAAGAGGAAGAACCAUCUAGGAUGUCAUCAGGUGGAAGUCGAAGACCCCGCCAUGAUUCCUCAUCAGAUGCUUCUCCGCCUAGGAGACGACGUCAUGACUCUGAUUCUGAUCUAUCCCCUCCAAGAGGCACGUCAGGAGAGAUGUCCAGGAAAAGGCAUGAUUCCGAUUCCGACCUGUCCCCGCCUAGAGGAAGGCCAGAGCGGACAUCGAAGAAGAGACACGACUCUGAUUCAGACCUCUCCCCUCCAAGAGCCAGACAGGGACAGGCGCCCAGGACACGACACGAUUCAGACUCUGAUAUGUCUCCUCCGCGGCGAAAUGGCACGGCUGAACAUUCCCGGAGGGGUCGCCAUGAUUCAGAUUCCGAUUUAUCCCCUCAGAGAACUAGGGUCAAAGACUCAAGGAAAAAGCGGCAUGGCUCGGACUCUGACCUUUCACCUCCAAGACAUAAAAAGUCCAAAGAUUCUAGGAGAAGUCGUAAUGAUUCAGACUCUGAUUUAUCAGCAGUGAGGACUAAGACGAAUAAUGGAGACAGACUAAAGCAAAGGAGGAGACAUGAUUCUGAUUCCGACAUCUCCCCUCCUAGGAGAAGAAAACCUAGUCCAGUUCAAAACUCCAGGAGGAGGCAUGACUCUGAUUCUGAUCUUUCACCUCCAAGGAUAUCAAAUUCUAAGAGGAAAGACCAAACUCGAUCAAAGUCCGGUAGGUCCAGUCGGGACCUGUCUCCAAUCAGGAAAGGGCGUGGCUCUGAUGAUGGCCUCUCUCCACCUAGGAGAGGGGGAGAAGGGAAGAGGAGAAGGAUGGACUCUGAUUCAGACCUUUCACCCGACAGACAAAGACCAAGCAAAUCUGAAGAUGGGAUGAAGCGGAAGCCAAAGACAACUCUGUCAGGAGCUAAGGCCGGUUUAUCAGAUGCUGCUGCCCUAAGGAGAGAGAAUGAAGCAACGAGACGAAGAACCAAUGAGGCUUACUCAAGGCUUGAUGAUGAUAUCAGUGGUAAAAAUGCAGAGACUGUUUUCAGGGAUAAGAGUGGUAAGAGGAGAGACUUGAAGGAGGAGAAACGAAUGAAGAAAGAAGAGGAGGCCAGAAAAGCUGAAGAAGAUGAGAAAUUCUUGGAGUGGGGGAAAGGAGUGGCCCAAGUCAAGAAUCAGAAGAACAGCAUUGAAGAUACGAUGAGAGAGAUGGCCAAACCUUUAGCGAGGUACAAAGACGAUGAAGACCUGGACCAGAUGUUGAAGGAACAGGACCGAGAAGGAGACCCCAUGCUGGCGUUCCUGAAGAAGAAAGAAUCCAAGGCCAUGGCGAAGGCUGGGAUUAAAGAGAAACCAAGGUAUCGAGGACCGAAGCCACCACCGAACCGCUUCAACAUCCAGCCAGGGUACCGAUGGGACGGGGUCGAUCGAUCUAGCGGAUUCGAGAAGAAAUACUUCCAGAGAAUAUCGGACAAGAAGGCUACAUCUGAAAUCGCUUAUAAAUGGAGCAUUGAAGAUAUGUGAAUGAAAAUGAUAAAGGGUGGCACAACCAUUACUAAAAUAUUGGAUUCCGUCGUUGGAGCAGAACUUUUGGUGUAAGAAACAGAGUGGCUGCUUGAAAAUGAACCAGAGGACCAUUUCUUGAGGCUCAAAUUUACACACGCCUUGCGACCUAGAUAGCAUGUCAUGACAAGUUUUGUCGGUGACUUUCACAGACAGGUUUUACAAGCUACUGCAAAUCCUUGAUUUGGAUUGGCUGAGAGCAAUUAGGGAAAAUCACUUUCAAAACUUCUCACGAAACGCUCUUCGGUUCUUGUGCAUUUGGGAUAACCCAUUUUUCGUCAAGGUCUCAACAAAGUAGAGCUGAAUAUAUUUAUUAUAACUCUUAAAAAGUUUUUAAAAUUAUCUGCACUACAUUCAGAUGCUUGUUAGUAACAGGAAUUUUCAUCUUAAAAUUUAACCUAAAAAGAUUGGAUUUUAACUUUAUUUUGUGGGAAACAUUGAGAAUGUAAUUCGGCACCCAAGGGUAGAGUCCCAUUUCAUAAAAUCUGUUAUAAUAACGAAUUUGCAGUAACAGCUAAAAGCUAUUGAAGUGCAUCUAUCUGAUUGGCUGAUUAUAAGUCUGUUAUAGAAAUUUGUGCAUUUGUUUCUAUAACAUGUCUUGAUGAAAUGGGACCCAGGUUGUUGGGUGUGUGUCAAUUCAUGCAUAACUAACAAACCUCUUUGAAUUGAAUCUGUUGCAAGUAUUUGUUAGACAGGGCCCAAGACAGUUCGGUCAGCACAUUCAAACAAACGUAAGGCAAGCCGUUUGAUGGCAUAAAACUGAUUGUAAAUUCAAGCGACUUACAAACAACUAGUGAUCCUUUCUUGAGGUAAAUUGUGCACACCAAAUUUUCAUUGGUGUGGAUUUAACUUGCAAGAAAAGAUCGCCAGUGGUUGGUAGUCGCUCAUGACUUACGAUCAGCUUUCCCAGGUGUGGUGGCUUCUUCAGGAUGGACUAUUCUGAUAUGAGCAAAUUUGCAAGAUCGAAGCUGCUUUUCAUACAACUUGUUAGAUUUCAGGAACUGGUUCAAGCUCAGAUUAUUGCUUUCAUUGCAUCUCCUGAAAGACGGUCCCUCCAAUGUCCCAUCUUGAAAUUGUGAAACAAUAGUCUGCAAUGUCAAAGUUGUACAGUGUAUUUUGUUAAUGAUGUAGAUAUUAAACGCUAUU